AUGUUCAGACUCUCGUGCUUCACUGACUCGUCAUUUGGAGCCAACCCAGACAACGGCAGGUCUACCACCGGAUACCUGUUCUUCCUAGGAGGGGGACUGAUCAGCUACGGAGCCAAGGCACAGACUCUCGCAGCACAGAACACCGUGGAGGCCGAGCUUCAAGCGCUGAGCUUCAGUGCUCGCGAGGCAGUCUACAUCUCCAACUUCAUGACGGAAAUCGGAUUCAAGACCUUUCGAUCGGUACCCAUCAACAGCGACAGCACCGGAGCAUUGACUGUGGCCAGCAACGCGAUGUUCAGCUCUAGAACCAAGCACAUCGCGCUCCGGUUCUUCUUCCUCAGGGAACUCACGAAGGGGCACCGGAUCACUCUUCACCACCAACCUAGUGCCACGAUGUUGGCGGACAUCGCGACGAAACAUCUCCCGAAGCAGCGAUUCGCCACCAUCAUGCAACUCAUCAAGGACUACAAGUGCUAG